AUGGUGACUUCCCAUAAAUUCCUGGGACUCCUCGUGGACCGGGACCUGAAGUUCAACGCACAUGCCAAUGCAGUAUCCAAAAUUUCUGAAGUCGAUCGGUGUGGCGGCGGCCGCUGUGGAGAUCGGGGACGGGACGGCUUCGGUCGUUUCAGUCGUACUUUCGGGGGACUGCGGAGCUUCGGUAGCGGCCCGACGCUGGUCACUUCGAGACGAGUCGGCGGAGUUGCCGAGGGAGAGACGAUCGAGGGAGGCAUCGAAAAACGGAAGACCGUCGGGAUUCUCAGAGGCACGCUCCCAGAUUCGGUAGCCAUCGGGACCUUCGGUCGGCAUGAACAUCUUCUCCGAUCAUUCAAGACUGAUCUGGCAAGAAUCAUGGCCGUCGAGGAAGUGAAAUCCGAGAAAGGGAAGACCCUAUUCCAUGUGGAUAAGUUCCUCUACGAAGUCGAAAGAAAGAAAGAUGAAACCGAUGCGUUCGGAUGCGUCGAGAAUCUUGCAAUGCGAGGAUGA